UUUUAGGCUCUGUCGCUCUGAUUCUCAACCAUUGAAACCGAACAUGUCUUUGUGAAUACGGGUUUCAAAUCGGGUAUUCGGAACCAGGAACCGGAUAACCCAUUUGGUAGUUUGAAGAAGAAAAAAGAAGCAUUAAUGUCUCGUAGCUGUACCAAAACAAAGCGAGAAAUUUGUCGGGAGAAAGGCGGAACUCGGUAGCAUAUGACACUGAGCUCACAUCUGUCUACCCUACUUUCUCUCUCAUCUUCCUUCAUCACUUUCAGAUUUCGAAGCUCUAUCAAUGGCGUCCUUCAUUGAUCUAGAAGAUUCUCCUAUGUUUCACAAGCAGAUGUUUUCGCUGGAACAAACAACCGAUGAACUAAAGGAUCGCUGUCAGAGACUAUAUAAAGGAUCCCAGAAAUUGCUGGCUGGUCUUUCUGAAGCUUAUGACGGGGACACAACCUUUGCAGAUGCUUUAGAAUCCUUUGGAGGACAGGAUGAUCCUUUGAGUUUAUCAAUGGGAGGUCCACUAAUUACUAAGUUCACCAGUGCAUUUCGGGAGCUUUCAACUUACAAGGACCUUCUUCGUUUGCAGGUGGAGCAUGUUUUAGUUGACCGUCUCCACCAGUUCAUGUCUGUUGAUCUCCAAGAUGCAAAGGAUUCCCGUCGGCGGUUCGACAAAUCUAUAUAUUCCUAUGACCAGGCACGUGAAAGAUAUGCCUCACUGAAGAAAAGCACACGUGAGGACAUUGUUGCUGGAGUAGAAGAGGAGCUGCACAACUCCAAAUCAGCAUUUGAGAGAACGCGUUUCAGUCUGGUGAAUUCUCUCAUGAAUGUCGAAUCAAAAAAGAAAUAUGAGUUCUUGGAGUCCUUCAGCGCAAUAAUGGAUGCUCAUCUUAAAUAUUUCAAGCUGGGAUAUGAAUUAUUAAGUCAAAUGGAGCCCUUGAUACAUCAGGUGUUGACAUAUGCACAACAGUCAAAAGAGGUAGCAAAUGUUGAGCAAGACAAACUUGCAAGAAAAAUUCAGGAGUUCAGGACCCAAGUUCAAAUGGACAACUUACGUGCUGCAAGUAACACGGAAGCCUCAACCAGCAUUGACAUUACUCGGCCUAUUCGCCCUGUCAGUAUGGGUUCCUCAUACAAAAAUAUAGAGGCAAUUAUGCAGUCUACAACAAAUGGAAUGGUCCAAACCAUCAAGCAAGGUUACCUCCAAAAACGCUCUUCAAGUUUGAGGGCAGAUUGGAAGAGGCGGUUCUUUGUGCUUGACAGUCGUGGAACAUUAUAUUAUUACAGAAACAAGGGCCCGAAACCAUUGGGCCCUCAUUCAAAUCAAUCAACAGCUGUUGGAGAACAAAAUAACGGCGUGUUCGGGAGAUUUCGGGCAAGGCAUAAUAGGAAUCCAUCAUGGAGUGAAGAAAGCCUUAACUAUCGUACUGUUGAUCUUCGUACAUCAACAAUCAAAAUGGAUGCAGAGGACAGAGAUCUCCGUCUUUGCUUUAGAGUAAUUUCACCAUCAAAAUCAUAUACAUUGCAGGCUGAAACAGAGGCAGAUAGAAUGGAGUGGGUCAACAAAAUCACUGGAGUUAUUACCUCACUUUUGAAUUCUCACAUAUUAGAACAGGAGCCAGUUAUUCCAGUGGUUGAAAAGCAGAAUUCAUGCACUGCAAGUGAAGCUAUGUCAAAUGUCCCAACAUCACAUAGUCGAAAUUUGAGCAAUGAUAUGGAGAAGCUCACUGUUGGUGUCUCUCAACUCCUAAGGGAAAUUCCUGGAAAUGAUCAGUGUGCAGAAUGCAGUUCUCCUGAGCCUGAUUGGGCCUCGUUGAAUCUUGGCAUAUUGAUGUGUAUUGAAUGCUCGGGUGCCCAUCGCAAUCUUGGUGUUCACAUCUCAAAGGUUCGAUCUAUAACAUUGGAUGUCAAGGUUUGGGAGCCAACGAUGUUGGAAUUGUUUCAAGCACUUGGCAAUGCUUAUUGCAACUCUGUGUGGGAGGAACAACCGUCUGUUGAUAUAGAGAGAAAAGAUGAAUUAGAUUGUUCUACCACAUCUAUUGUGAAACCAUCUUCGCACGACUCUUUCAGCAAGAAGGAGAAGUAUAUCCAGAUGAAGUAUGCAGAAAAGCAGCUAAUUAGCCUAAAUGCAGCUGAUUCAGUCCUUGGUUCACGUGCCAGGGCUCUGUGGGAAGCAGUUAGGGCUAGUAACCUACGUGAAGCUUAUCGUCUGAUUGCUGUGUCAGAUGCCAGUAUCUUGAAUACAACAUUUGAUGAGAUACACAGUGUUGAUUUGAGUAGAUUAGAAGAAGAGUUGGGAAAAGAUGGUCACAAGUUGGAUCCAUCCGCAUGCCCAAGGUUAAGGGGUAGUGAGCCUGAAAAUUGUUUACGUGGUUGUUCGUUGUUGCACGUGGCAUGCCAUGUUGGCAACCGUGUGAUGAUUGAACUCUUGCUGCAAUCUGGUGCCGAUGUUAAUAUGCGUGACUUUCAUGGAAGGACUCCUUUGCACCACUGCAUUGCAAGAAAGAACAAUGACUUGGCGAAGUAUCUUCUAAGAAGAGGUGCUAGAAGACUUAUUAAGGAUUGGGGAGGACUGACUGCACUGGAGAGAGCAAUGGAGCUGGGAUCAAUUACAGACGAUGUACUCUUCAUUUUGCUCUCCGAAAAUGAAUGAGCAAAUUUUUACACCAUGUAGCGCAAAAGGUAGUUGUAUAAGUUUAUAUUUAUUUGGCUUGUGUAACGUUAACUAUGUAAUUGUAUAGUCAUGUAUUUACGAAACCAAGACCAUAAAUUUCAACCACAGUUUACUGGAUAGGUGAUCUGCGCGUUUUCUUAUAGUUCUGUUGUAGAGUAUUCAGUUAUUCUUACAAUGUAUUGUAUGAAGGUGAUCUGAUUGUAAGAACAGUACCUUGAUAACUCAAUUCUUUUACGUUGCUGAACAAAGGCUAAAGAUCUUAGCAGUUAUUGCAGAUACAUGAUUGAAAAUG